AUGGCCUUUGUUUUAUGGCUUCUUGGCGUCUUCAGCUUGACAUUCGUCGGUCAGCCUGCACUUGCAAAGGAGAAGCUCCUCUUUUUGCUUGUGGAUGGACUGAGAUGGGAUCGUCUUGGCUACGACAUGCCAGCCUUGGACACGAUGGAGCAGCAAGGAGUACGCGCUGAGUGGCUAGACGGCGUGUUUAUUACCAAAUCGGCACCAAGUAUGUUCAGCAUUGCCACGGGGCUUUACAUUGAGAAUCACGGUGUUGUACAUAACUUGGCUUUCAAUCCGUCUACCGGAGAUAUAUCAGAUGGCUGGUCCGAGACAUUAAACACAACGUGGUGGUUCAACUGGGCGGGAGAGCCCCUCUGGAUUACGGCCAUGUCGCAAGGUCUCAAAGCGGGCUCCUUCAUGUACCCAGGGGGACAGACGCCAAUCAACGGCACCUACCCGGAUCGCUUUAUCGGCUACACCAGUGAGACAUAUGAGAAAUACUUAUAUCUGCCUGAUCGCGCGGAUAUUGUGUUUGAUUGGUUGUACAUGGACGGACUAGACGUCGUGUUCCUGUACGUCGGUAAGCUAGAUGACGAAUUACACAACACAGGGAUUGGCGAGGAAGCGGGUAAUGUAGCAGACGAGGUGAACGAGUUGGUAUCCUACAUACUGGAAAAGAUGCAAGAGAUCAGCAUAAGGGACAGCUUGAAUUUCAUCAUCGCCAGCGACCAUGGCAUGGCGGAUAUCUCUAAUGACAAGGCGCUCUCAUUGUUCGACUACAUCGACGAGUCGCUUGUGGAGUUGGUCAUCUCGGAUGGUGGGUCCGUGUUUCAAAUUCUACCAGUAGAUGGCGCCCUUGAAGAGGUGUACAGUAAGUUGAUAUCCGCCAACCCGUCCAUAAAUGUGUUUAAGAAGGAAGACUUCCCAUCGAUGUUUCACUACGCCGACAACCCCCGGAACCUGCCUAUCAUUGGCUAUAUGGAUAUCGGCUGGACUAUGUACAAGAGAGUCAAUCAAUCUGAAGUCAUCUAUAAAGGAGGGCAUGGCUAUGACAACCGGGACAUGACUAUGAAGACAUCUUUCUAUGCCCAAGGACCAAGCUUUAGGCAGGGCUACCUCGCCAAACACUUCGAAUCGGUAAACAUCUACCCACUGAUGUGUGAACUACUUGGCAUCGUGCCAGCUCCAAACAACGGCUCCCGUGACAACUACAAAGACAUGUUGGUAUCCGAGCACCCGCCUACGUCACCGCCCGACUGUGGUGCAAGCGCCCUCUGUAGUCAAUGUCGCUUCAUCCUUUUGACGUUUGUUGUCGCCGCCUUGAUUCAAAAUUCCUGAGCAAUUUUUACCACUGGGUUAAGCUUAAUAACGUUUCAUUUAGUAUUUUUCAACUGCCACGAUUUUCAGGAACUUUGUGGAGAUGACAUCGUAGCUUAACCCCUUUCACUAAUUUCUGUUAACCAAAUUUAAUUUCAUUUAGUUUAAUUUUGUAUUUUUUGUAUUGUGCGCCAUGAGCGUCUUGCCUGGCGGAUACCGGCGCCUUAUAAAUGUUCGUUAUUAUUAUCUGCAAUGUUUUAAGUGCUGUUUCCAAACAAAAAUUUUACAUAAACAUAUUCCGGUAUAUAUUUCCAUUCAAUUUGCGGGUCAAUUUGGACUGUUUAACAAAUCACGUAUUUUUAAAAAUCGCCUUCACGUCCACGCUUUCUUAAAAAAAGUAUUUUUAAGGCGGCGUGGACGUUAUAAUUACAAUGAUCGUGAAAACACGUACUGCACGU